CAUCGGAUCUGGUGGAGGUGUCUCUGCGACUGUCCGUUGCUGAAUUGUCCACUUUCUGUGCGCAGUCCAGGGGACUUUUAACCAUGUAUUUCUGUCUUGUGGAUUGGUGAUAAAUGUUUAAGAAUUCAUCGAAUGCCAUCCGCAAAUAACUGGAUCCCGGGUGUGAGGAGUGUGUGGCCCAUGUUGCUCUAGGUGUGUGUGUGUGUGUGUGUGUGUGUGUGUGUGUGUGUGUGUGUGUGUGUGUGUGUGUGUGUGUGUGUGUGUGUGUGUGAGUGUGUGAGUGUGUGCGUGCGUGCGUGCGAGUGCGAUUGCGAGUGCGUGUGUGUGAGAUGCUGGCCUGUCUGCCAGGGCCAGGUGAUCUCUCACUUCAACUCCACCCCCACUCGCAGAUGAACACUGGACUUCAGAAAUGGGACACUACACAAAGGAUGAGAUCUGCUCAGUAUCCAACACCUGCGGAAUUGGAUGCUUAUGCUAAAAAGGUUGCCAACAAUCCUCUUACCAUCAAGAUUUUCCCCAACAGCAUAAAGGUCCCUCAGAGAAACCACGUUCGCCGAACUGUCAACGGACUGGACACCGCUGGCCCCCGAUAUAGUCCCUACCCCUCCUCUCAGGCCACCACCAAGACAGGUCUUCUUGCCAUCGUCAAAGUGCCCCUUGUCAAGGGUAUCCUCAAGGACUUUGACGGCACACGGGCACGACAACACCAGGAGGUGAUCAUGAAUUCCACUGGAGGCCCUUAUUCAGCCACCUCAGCCAGCACUUUAAAAUUGCACCACCCGCGGCAGGGUCCUCUCGGAGCAUCGCAGAACCCACAGGGGAUUCCUCCACACCCUCAGAAUCUUCAGACUUUGCAGCAACCUGGGACUCCACACCAAGGACUCAGACACCCACCCUCCUCCUCAAUGCCACAGCAACCCCAGGGCCUUCCAAGGUCCCAGACUCUUUCCUACGCCGCUUCUAUAGGCCACCCUGGCUCCCACCCCCCUUCAGCCAUCCUGCUUCCUCAGCAGCACCUACAGAACCCGCCUCUAGACCUGCAGGUGGGUACUAGGAAGCUGCCAAUUGCAGACGCCCCUCCUAAUGUGACUGUUUCUACCUCAACCAUUCCAUUGUCCAUGGCCGGAGGCCUACAUCAGGGCCGUCAGGCAGAUUUAAACAGCAUAGUGCACCAGAUCAGCCAGUUUUGCCAAGCUAGGGCUCAGGGUGCUGGUGCUACAUCAAUGUGUGAAGGGCAGAUCGCUAACCCCAGUCCCAUUAACCGAAGUCUACUCAUCAAUGCUAGUUCACGAGUCUCGGUGCAUGGGGCCAACCCAAGUGCACCCCCUACCAGUCUCAUGCACCCAUCCUGUGCUAUUGGACCUCCGGAUAAUAUGGCUGCUUCUGCACCGGUAAGUGCAAUGCCACCGCAUAACAUGGCCACAAUGAACCGCAUGUAUCACAAUGAUAUGAAGCAACAGCACCUACAACAUCAAAGUCAUCAACAGCAGCGAAAUCCCCAACAGCCACAGAUGAGGUCAUGGAAUCAGCAUCAGCUAGCUCACCUUCAGCACAUCUCUGAAAGGGGCGGACACCCCUGCAAAGCCCCACUUCGGGACCCUUGCCUCCCCUGUAAGGGCAUUAACAAUCCCCCAGACAUGAGCAUGGGGCAGCCUUAUGCCAUGAAGCCCUCUAGCCCCUCCCCUCCACUUGCCAACAACAGUAACAAUGCAAUGCCCCCAGGCGCUGUGAUGCACUACACCAAUGGGCAGUACUACCAUCAGCCACCAGUUUGGAAUAGUAUCCUUCCCACACCCAACAGCGACAGUUCCAGCUCACAGGAUCUCCCAGUGCCCUUCCAUGGCCCUGCAGGCACUGGCACGGGCAAUACCAACCCCACCCCAGGGAUGGACUGCGCCCUCACAGGAGGAGCGGCCCAUUACCGAUUAGUAGGGGGAGCCUUAAUAGGGCAGACUAAUCUGAUGCAAAUGGCAGAUUGCAUGGGAGGGGACUUCCAGACGCCCUGCUUCCGAGAUCAGAAUCUCAUCCUGAUGGGGAAGAUGCACAGGCCACCCCCUAUGGGCCAGGUAGUGGUUCCCCCCUCGGAAACGCAAGGCCAGCACCCAGGGUACAGAUAAGCUUCAGCUUACAAGCCUCAGACACAGUCUCUCCUCAGUGUUGUCAGCCAUUCACACUUCUAUCUGUUAGUCUUAGUCUAGUUAGUCUCACAAUCUUCUGUUAGUCUUAACAAAGAAAUUACAUUUAAAAUUAUGAAUUGAGUUCUUAAGGAGGGAAUUGAAAUCUCAAGGAUGAUUGUUGAUUAAACAAAAAAAAACACAAAUAUGUCUAACAAAGAGCAGUGGGUUUUUUUUUUUUAUUUGUUUUGUUUGUCAAUCUUGCAAGUGAUCAAUUUAUUUUCUACUAAAGGGAAUUAUAUAGUUUUUUUCCACUACUGUCUUGUAUAUCCAAGUACCUGGACCUGAAGUGCUCCUGUGUCAUAUCUUUCUUGCAUUACUGCUUGCAAUUUAAUUAAAGAUGUCUUCUGAAAUCAAUCUAAGCAAAUCAAAUAUAAGGGGAAAAUGUCCUACAGAGCAUCUUACCAGGGUAGGAUUUAGACAACCUACAUACUUUCAUUUUAGAGAUCUGUGUUUCAGACCUGUCUUAUAGCAUCAAGAUGGCUGACAAUCUUAGAGCACUUCCCUCUUCAGCAUGACACUUUCUUUGUCCUUUAAUUUUUUUUACUUCUAUCUAAACUAUUCUACAAUGUGUCAGUCACUGUUGUUUUCAGACUGUUCCCAGGUGAAGCUCGUCAUGUGUUCCUUUACACAAGGAACCUGUUUCUUUUUAUGUUUUCUGAAAUGAAAAUUGAUUUAUCAUGGAUAUUAAGGAUUUAUGUGUGAAACCAGAUUGUUUUUUGAACCUGUGAGUUGCUGUUGGCUUGUUAAUAUUAAUCAGUGAAGGAUUGAAACAUCAGCUAAUUUUUCUGGAUAGCAGGCAUUGUGGCUGGCAGGACAUUUUAAACACAGGAACAGAAUAUACACCAUGCCUCUUUUACAGCGUUUCAGUUCUUCAAAUAUAACUAUUAAAAACAUUUUGCCUACUGAGUCACCAAUGCCAGUGAGGUUUUAAGUGAUGAUUGUGAAGUUUCUGUCUUUUCGCUGUAAAGCUGUGAAGGGCAGAGGAGAAAAUCUACAUGCAUUUUAAUGUUAAAGCUGUGCCAUUUUUUUAUGUAAUCAUUAUACUCCCUUUAUUUCUUAACAUAUAAAAACUAUUACUUGAAUUGUAUAGAUGAGUUGUGCAGUUUCAGGUGGGCUAUAUGUGGUAUGGCUGUAUGUGGGUUUACAGGACUAAACACACUACUGAAAAAGGUGUCUGCAGGCAUGUUACUAAUAUUAGAUAGAAUAAAACUGAACUAUUUUAAACAAAGUUUUAUGAUCCUGUAUUUUCUAAUUCAUCCUUUAUAAUAAUGUAAGGUAGGAGUUGCUACUGAUUCUUUUGUUAAGUGUGCUUGAAUAGACCAAAUUGAUCACUUGCAAGAUCAUUUGUGGUUAAAUUAACGAGGACUUUUUUGAAAGAAAGAUCAAAAAGUUGAAACAGCAGAUUAAUUGCUUAUUUUAUUAUACACUGGCUUAUCUAUUGUACUGCUGUAACUUUAAAGAAGUGUAAUAACUGUGUAUGAAUGAGGCUGCAUAUGGAUAUGGAUUCACAGACUUGGUGUGAGAACGCUGGUGUGCGUGUUGGUGAAUGGGGUGUGUGUGCUGGUGGGUCAGUUUGUCUUGACUCACUGUCUGUUUGCCUCCCCUUAACAGCCCUCAUGAAGCCUUAAGUAUUUGGUCCUUGGACUUUCCUUUGACUACAAGCAUGAUUAUAAUAAAAGGUAUAAUGAUUCUGAUUUUGAAUAAAUUAUUUUGAAUUCAAGCUUUUGUUGAAUAGAAAAGAAUAGAAUAAAAAAUUUACUUUAUAAUGUAAACGAAGAAAUAAAAAAUAUUUUACUGUCAUUAUGUUUUAUAGCUGUGUAGUUCUUGGCUGUAACGAAAUGUUUUUAUUCCAAUAAGUUUCAAAGCUUCAGUUUUGCAAUUUGUGCUAUUUAUAAUUCUAGAUUUUAUUUUUAUUUUAUUUUUUAAUUGCAAUUGCUGUGAAAUGGAGAAAGCUUCCAAAAGACUUUCUCAUAUCUGUCACUCUGUGGCUGUCGAUUGAAUGCGUGGGAAGAAUCUGAAGAGUAUGAGAGUUGUCUU